AGUCGCGGCGUCCAUUGGCUGAUAGCAGGCCUGUGGGCUGUCCACGGCAAGGAAGUGUUUUCCUGGGAGACUCACUACUUCCGGGACAUGCCGUAGUGUUCGUUACAUCCCGGCGGAACAUGGUUCUUUAUCGCCUGAAGCGGUACAGCUGGCUGAUAUAGUUCCCGUAGUCUUCACUGACCAGGGGUGGUCAGUGAUCCUCAUCAUGAUGCCUGGGGAGACCCACUCAAAGAUGGCUGGCAUUGCAUCAGAGGCAGCAGGGUCCUGUCAGAACUGUACAUCCUUGCAACAGAGUUUGAAUGAAUAUGUUGCAGCUUUAAUUGCCCUGAAGCAAAAAAUUAUUGACUCGGACCAGCUACUUGCAGAGCACCAACAGAAGUGUGAUGAUCUUCAGUAUGCAGAAAGGCAGAAUGAAACGCUCAGGUGUCAGCUGGAACAAAUGUUGCAGAAAAUAUCUCCUCAGGAACAACACUUAGAGGAACUAACAUCUUUAAAAGCUCAACUGGAAGAGAAGACGUCUACUCUGAAGAUCUACCAGCAAACUCAACUGGAGUAUGUCAGAGUGAAGGAAGAGUGCGAAAAGAGUGAUAUUGCGAAGAAAAAACUGGAAGCAAAGUUGAAGAAAAUGGAAGAGGCAGCUGCAAAACAUGAUAAAGAUUAUAAACAGCUGAGAUUGGAAAAGAAAGUUAUUGGAAAGGAACUGAAGAAAAUACAGAAAAAGCUUGAUUGCUUUCAGAAGGAAAAGAGCAAGAAAGUGGCUAUGAAAAAUGCACAGACUCAAGUUGCAAGAAAGGAGCCUGUUGUGAAGUUAGACAAACAAAAAAUUAAGUAUUUACUAGAAGAAAUUUGGGGAUGCGUAGAGUCUUCCGCAGAAAAUGGUGAUUGUAAUCUACUGAUGUUUGAUAAAAGACUAAGAAAAAUCAAGAGUUCUUCUGAGUGCAAACUGUCUAGCCACAAUAAUCUUGAAGUCAAUCAAACACAUAACCCUCUCACUGAAUUAGAUACAGUACACGCAUCAUUACCCUUGACUAAGCAAUGUAAUUCGCCUCACAAUGAGCCAGCUGUGGUUGAGUUAAUGGACGUCAGUGAUUUUGGUGGUGAUGCAGCUCUUAAGAUCGUGGUCUCCAAGGACCUUAGUGACUGUAGCUCGGUAAAUUCUGAUUUGGAAAGUGACAUAGAUGAAUUAUGGGAAGCACAAGAUUGGGCUAAACCUCUCCCAAAUCUUUUAUCACCUAUACAUUGUUCACCAUUAACAGUAAAGAAUGUGUUUGGCGAAAUCACAGACUCGAGUGAAGAUGAGAGCAUUAGUGAAAGGGAUCGGUCAAACGGUGUUUCUCAACCAAAGAUAGAAAGUAGUCUUGCGAAUGGGACUGAUAAAAAUAGUAAUUUGAAUCAUGAGGUUGAGCAUGUUUUGGAAGUUACAUGUAAUUUUGAUGAUCCUGACCUAACCACAGAAAUUCAAACAAACAUGCAUGACCUUAAGCAGACUACUGACAUAUUGCCUUUGCAUGAAGCACAGGCAGUGACUAAGGAUCCCAUACAAAUGGAAUGUGAGAAAAGAAUUCAUCCUCUUACAAACAGCACAACAUGCACUGAAGAAUUUCUUACCGACUCCUUGAAUGACCCUGGACCCAGAUCUCAAAGUCCUAAGUUUUGUGAAAGUCCGUUAACUGAAAUUGAAAAUGUAGCUAUGUCUCUGGAUGCAGACAGUGGGAUUCAAGAUUCUGUUUGCCAUACAGAAAAAGAUAAAUUGCGAUUAGAUAAUACAACUACUAGUUGUAGUCAAUCGGGAAAUGUAAAGAAGCCAAGUGAAAUUGUAGGUAAAAUUAAUGACCUGACAGGUAAUAGUGAACCUUUAGGAAGCAUUGUUGCCAACAAAAGUCCCACCCCUGAAAAACCUCUUGCUCAAAAUGAUUUAAAACCACAUAAGGAUAUAUUAUCUGGGGACAAGCCUAAUGUUACCACCCUAAGCUGUGACCAAGAAACUUUGUUAAAUAUGCAAUCUGAUAAUUGUUCAAAAAAUGAAGAGUCAAGCUCUCUAAAUGAUUUACUACAUGGUAAACAAAAUAUGUCAAAUGACUACAGUGCACACUCUAAGGAUACUAUUUGGCAACAAUCUUUGCAAAAUUCUGGUGAUGGUGAUUUGUCCAAAGUUAGUGAAGAGAAUUUAGAUAAAGCAUUAAACCCGAUGUCUACCUUAAUGAAUAAUUGCACUGAAGAGACAGAUCAACCUUGUAUAACUAGUCAUGAAAAAUCAGUUCUGCAAGACCUUGAACAAAGCCAACAGAGUGAGCCAUUAAGGCAGACACCACCUUUACUUAGUAGCAAUAAUUUGUCAACAGUUUUGGAUUGCAGAGUACAUAUAAACAAAACAUAUGAGACACAUAUUGACAAAGUUGCAAAUGUGAUGAAUGAACACAAUACUUUUACUUCAAUGGAGUCACAAUGUAAAAUUGUAGACAAAGAAGAAUGUGAUCUGGAAAAAUGUUCAUUACAAAAUGAAAUGUUAGACCAUGAACCUGAGCAACAAAAUUGCAGUGAUUUUGAAAUAGACAAAGUGGCCAGUGCAUUUAUAUUCCAUAAUAAAGCUGAACAGUAUGAAAGGACACUAUCAGAACCUGUUGACCACUCUUCUCCUGCCUCACCAGUAAAUCAAAAAGCUGAAACAGAGCUGCAGUCAUCACAGAUAGACACUUCAAAGUUGGGGAUUUGUGAUAGUAAAGUUUCUCAAUCUUCUACUGUAUAUCCGAAUGACAAGUGUUUGCCUUGUAUUGAUUUCAAUACUGACUCAUCUAGUCCUGAUAUAGAUAAUUCUAUUCAUCAAGAUUUUAAUCAGCCUUCUGUGCUCAGCUCCAGUCCUGUUGACUUGGCAGUAGAUCAUGAACACAAAAAAGUAGAAAACAGAGUUGAAACCCAAUGUCGAAAAGAAGCUCAGAGUAUAGAAUUCAGCAAUGACUUGAAUUCCAGCAUUUCAGAAGAGAAAAACACAAUCCUUUGUCCCCUUUCAAAGGCUGAUCUUACAGGUGUAAAAGCCACAUCAUCAUCUAAAGUAUUGCCUGUUGUAUUGGAAGAGUUGCAGCAUCUUCAUAUACCUUCAGAAUCAGAUGACUCCUUUAAAAUAGUAAAAAAAGAUGCAUUGGAUGUAUCUUUAGACAGCAGCGAAAGUGACUAUGAGUUUCCAAUUCGUAAGGUGAACUUCACACGCCCAACCUUAAACGAUCAAGUUGUCAAAAAUGAAUCCUUCAGAAAUUCUUCUGAUGCCACUAAAAGUGGUGAUAAUGCAAUAUCUAUUAUGAAAAAGCAAGACGACCUACAGGAACACACUGAUCAAAAUGGCAAACCUGUUGCUACAGUAAUAAAGCCUUCAACUCAUUCUAAUGAUUCUAAAGUGGAAAAGGACAUACUGAUAGAACCUAGAAAUUCAGCUUUGCACACUUUAGAUACAGAGUCAGAGACUUGUGAAAGAAAUGCAGGUGCAGAUGGCUCUUCAGAUGGAAAAUCUAAGGAUCACUCUUCUUUGGAAGAAUCCGCAAGACAGGAUGAUAUUUCUGACCUUGUUAACUCUGAUAACGGUGCUGAGAAAAAUGUUAAAAAUGAUGCUGAAACCGAAGGUCAAAGAAUUCUUCCUGGUAAAAAUCUAAUUUGGAAUUUUAGUAGACCUGAUGAUUUUGUUGACCCAAGAACAGUGUGUUUAACCCGAAAACAGAAGACAAAUUCUGAAAAUGUAUGUGUUAAUUCAAACAAUUCGGUCAGUAAAAGCUUUCAAACUCUAACAAAAGAAAAUAUUCCACAUAGGCUUCCUCAUGUGGGAACAGUUCCUGUAAAUGCUCAGGUAGGGCAAACCGUUUUAGCAACUGCUGACACCUCGACCAGUACUGGUCUUUCUCCUGAAACGAUUAAUAAAGUUAGGUCUGAAAUGGGUCCGCCAUUGCCUCCCCUACUGGGUCCUUUGUUGCCAACUCCUCCAAGAAGUAUGCGCAGUCUCUCACCCAUUAUGUCCUCUUCAAGUCGUUCAUCAUUACCAUCUCCCCUAGAUGAGUUGAUCUCUCCCUUACCAGGAACACCAUUUCCACCGUUGAUGUCGCCAUUGUGUGAUGGGCGUAAACGAAAAUCUCCUAUAUUUAAUACCCCGUCUCCUGCUGAGAAAGCAAACCAAAGAAUAUUGUCUUCUCCUUUGCAAUUUUGUGCAGCCACUCCAAAACACGCUGUUCCUGUGCCAGGAAGGUUGCCUCUUUCUGCAAAUGGAAGUUCUGCAUGUAAUGUUCAAGAAAAUUCUGUAAAAAUUCUAGAUACUAUGUAUCCAGAAUUGUCUGCACGGGCCAGGACUCUGAACAUAUUAAAAGGUAAUGUUCAUUUAAACAGAGGCAUGUCUGGAGAUAGCCAAAAUGUGCCUGUUAGCCAGAUUACUGGUUUCAAGUCAAUUACAUCCACUUCAACAGUAUUCAUAAAAACUGGGAGCAAUUCAAAUACAAGCAAUAAAGAGAAACCAAACACCUGUGAAAAUCAAAUAUCAUCCGAGAGCCAAACUUCUGUAAAUAAGAGAUCAAUAGAAUCUUUCCAGAUGCCUAAAAGUGCCAAAAGACUAAGGCUUGAUAGUGAAUCUCCGAUUGCAGAAAGUGUCAAAGACUGUUUCUCAGUCCCAGAAAAAAGCCUAGAUACACAGAAAGUAGAUGAAUCUUCCCAAAACUUUAGUUACUGUGAGCCACUCCCAGAUAUUGUGAAAGGCAAUAGUGUGGAUGAAGACAUCAUAACCAAUGCUCUAAAAAAAGUAGAAGAACUGUGUUUUGACCUGCUUCCUGUAAUAAGGAGUCAUAUUCAUGUAGGAACAAUUCCUAAUGUUCCAGUAAUGAGAAAUGAGGAGAAAGAAGUGAUUUAUGAUUUCAGCAGCUCAAAAAAAGGUUUAGCUGACCGUUUUUUACAUAUUCUUCUGAAAAAAAUAAAAUCUGGAAAGAGGUCUUUAGCCAGUUCAUAUCUUCAGGCUCUGUGCAGGGUGUAUGUGGGUUUGUGUCGUCAGCUUGGAGACAUUGAGAGAGCAAGAGUUCUUUGCUAUAGCAUACUUAAAGAAGAUUUUCCAGAUCCUGACAAACUGCUCCUGUUUAUCAUCAGUUCAUGGAAUGAUAUCCUGUCCCUGCAUGGAGUGCUCAGUAAGGCAAUUCAGGCCGUUCUUAAAUCCCUGGCAGUUGAUGAUGUUGGUUCUUGUCUGAGUGCUUAUCUGAAUUGGGAAAAGUGUCCACCAAUGAAUAGAAGUGUCCUUCUGAACAGUGUCCUUAUGGCAAUACAACUGUAUCCUGAUGUCCAAUUUCAUCAGAGUGAGAAGUAUGGAGAGGAUUUGACUGACAAUGUAUGGGAAUAUGUAUUUGCUGUUGAUCUCUUGUGUAGCCACCGUAAAUGGACUUGGACCCAUGAAAAUGUAAUAAGUAAAGAACUUUGGCCAAUAUUGGAUAAAUGGGUGAGACGUAAGAAGGGCAACCUGACUUUUCAAUUUGUCCCAGACAUAAUUGUUGCUACUGUGCUUCGUCUUGUUGGACACCUCUGUCAGAUGGGUUUGAAAGAAGGAUUUAUUACUGCUGUGAAAAACGUUACUUCUGUUAUCAUAACGUUCCUCAACCAUGCAAAUGAAGAAGGUGUACCUUGGGGUGUUCAGUUGGCGUCUGUAUAUAUGCUUUGUGACACUGCUCCUUGUGAUCCUGUCCUCAUUCACCAGACCCUUCUAACAUGGAAAGAGACUGCAAAAAACAACCUACCGCCAGCUGUAAUAAACCUUAUGCAAGAGACUGCCUCUUUGUGUGUUUCGAAUAAGUGAGUCACUGAGGUGUUAAAGAGGACCUGUGGUCACUCUGAAAACAAAACGUGUGACAGUAACCUGUACAUAACACUAUAGGAGGGCUGAUCACCUACCUGUUUCAUGAACAGUCCCUCCUGUUCCUCAUAUAUAGGCCUUUGUAGUCCCCUCUUGAGUAUCAAGGCAAUCUGUCAGAGGUGUGGGAACCUUGCUUAUUAUAUGGGCUGUGUUCCUGUGACUAUAGCCAGUGGAGGGGGAAGGUGGUGCAGAUUUAAUGAAGGGGUUGUAGGCAUGAUCUCCUGGGGUUGUAGUCAUGCUGUAAAUGGUUAUGUGAUCAGCCCUCUCUAUAGCUGUGCAGGUUACAGCACCUCAUUUUUAGCAGAGCAACCACAGGUCAAGAUUACUCAGCACUGAAGGGGAAAGUGCCUUUUUUCAGUUUCUUGUAAUAGUUUGCACUUUGAUAUUUAAGGAUAAAAAGCCAUUUUUUUUUUUUAUUUGUAAAUGUUUGUUUUGUUAAACCACAAAGCACAUAAAUCGUUGCAAGGUUGUAAAUGUGUAAAUUAUAACUGGCUUGUAAAGGUUUUGUAUAAUAAACGUAGCUCAACUUUUAUCUUUGGGAUGUUAACUUUAACAGAGUCCAACACAAGUGACCAACAGUGGUAUACGUUCCUUAUACAUGUAACCAAAUGUUAUUUUGGUCUUAACAACUGUAAUGAUUUAUAGACUAUCCCCAUAUCUAUCUGGUUUCCAUUAUGUUUUUCUAUAGCUAAUCCAUAGACAAGAACUAGCAACCUAAACUUUUAAAGUGUACCUACAUUUUUAGAGAACUUAUGACAUAUCGGAAAUUGUGACCAGUGAGGGUGCAGCUGCUGUCCCCUACAGAUCUCUAGAACAGUCAGGCACUUAGCUGAGCACUUUGCACCCUUUGUUUCUGCUCCACUUUCUUUGGAAAGCGGAGUUCAUGUAGUACAGACACCAUGACAGUCUUGUAAAGAUAGGCAGUCAUGGCAUCCGUACUUUGUGCACUUUGCUUUUCCAGGAAUGCUGAGCAGAAACUAAGGGGCAGAGUGCUCAGCUAAGUGCUUCAUUACCUUUGUUUUAGAGUUUAGGGGGUCUUGGCAGCCGAUACAUUUAAAAUAAUGCUGAAAUUGCCUACAUAAUAAUUGCACUGCUUGCUUCUUUGUAAGAUGGGUUAUUUUACAUGCUGUAUGCACUGUGUAAGCAGGAUCAAGGUGCUUACAUGCUGGGUGCACCUGCACAUUGCAAACCAUCUAAACGUCAGGCUCCUAUCACAUUAUGAAUACGGUUAUUGUGAACAUAGUAAUCUUUGAAAGGGGGAUAUUUAUCAAAACCUGUGUGGGAAAAAACAGGAUUGGUUGCUAUGGGCAACAGCUCCAAUUUUCCUCUGCACAAGUGUUAAUAAGUCUUCCCCAUAGUCUGUAUGACAGGGCAGUAUUAACGGAGACGCAGAGGAAUGGACAGAUCUCGCGGCUGGCUAAGGAGUGGAGCGCAAUGCCUUCUGCUUCCCUGGCUAAUAACAUACGAUUGCAGUGGGUCUUAGCAGGGAGACUCUGUGUUAGCAACAAGUUUUGACAUGUAUGAUCAACUUGUCAAAAGUUGGCUUUAAUGACUGUAACCCUUUAAAUGAAUAACUGAAGGAUAACAUAGGUAUAAAGCUACCUUCCUAUGUAGCAGAAAUGAUGCAGAUUUUCUAACUGUUCAAAUCUCAUCCACAUUGCUGAUCCUAUGUUCAAUUUGUGCUAUGUGGGAAUUUAUCCUUAUUGUCUGCUUCUUUUGAGCUAUUUAAAGAGAACCUGACACGUAGGACAUAUAGGCCCUCAUUUACUAUUCUAAACCCGACUUCUUUUGUCGGGUUUUUUUGUCGCAUCUUUGUCUGCGCCAUGUCGCAGACAUGGUGCGCCAGUCUGCGACACAAUGCGACAUUUUUUCCCGACUGACCCGAUGUGGAUUCUCCCAAACCCGAAAAAGGGGCGUAACCCGACAUUUCUGAGCUUUCCCACGUAUUUAUAAAGGUUUCCAACCCGAAUUUGUUGAAUUGUUGUGGAUUUUUUCCCGACAGCUCAGAGGAGUUGGAAACCAAAACCAACAAAACGCACGUGCGACAAACAAGAUGCGACAUAAUAAUAAAUACCAGGGGAAAAAAGCAAUCGGGUAAGAAAGCAAGAUAGACUUACAACCCGAUUUUCUAAGUAAAUGAGGGCCAUAGUGUAGUCUGCAAGGAAGUGAUUCAAUAGACCUGUUAACAGUUAUUGAUGUAAACCUCUGCUCAUUCAAUUAGGCAGUCCUACUCUGUGACUGACAGCUCUCUGUAUGUGCUUAUACACAGAUAGCUGUCAAUUACUAGGUAGCCUGCUGACAACUUGGCUAAGAAUGAGCAGUGGUUUAUAUGAAGUAAAAGUGGUUGUCCCACAAUCCCUUAGGAUAGGGGGUAAGUAUUUGAUUGCUGCAGGUCCAACAGCUGGAAUCCCCUGCAAUCUCCAAAUGGGACAUCAGACUGGAGCUAGAUAUAUAUAAAUUAUAUCUCUGCUUUGUAUCUCCAGCUCUGUAACAUGCUUCAUGAAUGCACUGCAUUUUUAAACCGACAGGUUUCUCUUCAAGGGUAUGUUCACACUGCGAAAUUUCUGUGGAAUUCCGCGCAGUGGACAUUAUCAUCAGUGUGAACCGCAGACCCAUUCACACUGAGCAAUUCCAGCGGCAGACAAUUCCGCCACUGAAAUUAUUUUUGGCAAAGAAGGAACAUGUUCAUUCUUUGUGCGGAAGUCGGUGAGCACUGCAUAGCAAUCAAUGGUAAGGGCGCAGUCCUACCACCAAAGUAUUUUCGGCGGUGGCCGCCAGAUGGAAUUCUGCAAGCGGAGAUUCCACAGUGUGAGCAUACCCUAAUGAAGCCUUUAUUGUAGCUUCUGUAAUAAUCAUUUUUCUACUCCCUGGUAUCAGAUGCAGCCUCUUUAGGUUAAAUAGCAGAGAGAUUCAUUUUUCUUCUCAUGUUGCUUUGUCUGAACUUUUUUUUUUUGUCUCAUUUCUAUUAUUCAAGAUGCUUAUGGAGCUGUUGUACUUGACAUUUCUCUGUUCUUAAAAAGGUUAUCCAGUGGAAUUGGGUAACUUCAUAUUGUCCCCAGGCUGCCACGAAAAUAACUUUUACCCCCCCUCCCUCGUAACCCCGGGAUCCAGGCGCCCCAUCUCCGGCCGGUCUCAGCUGACAGUCUGAUUCAGUGUAGCCCGCCAGAGCUGCAGACGUAAGGUCACCGCGCUGCUUCCACAAUCAUUGGCUGCAGCUGUGUACCACUUCUGCCACUGAUUGGCAGUGGCACUGUUCGUUCCCCCAGCUGUAGAAACUAUGCUUUGCAGCAAGGGGGGAAAGCAGUGAAACAGACUGGACACCUUGUUACCGGAGCUAUGAGGGAGAAGAGGAAGGAGAGUAAUAGUGUUUAUUUUUGUAUUCAGCCUUGGGACUAAACAAAAUUACCUAAUGCUACUGGAAACCUCCUUUUAAGUCAUUAGUCUAUUUAAUAGCAUUUAUACAA